UUAGUAAAUCUUGGGAAAAAUAAUAUCUGAUUGGUCUAAAUAAUAUUACAAAGAAAAAAAAAAUGUGUGAAGAAACAACCACCGUGGCACCACCUCCAGCAACCACAGUAUGUGUCACCGGAGCGGCAGGCUUCAUCGGCUCGUGGAUUGUCAUGAGGCUCCUCGAACGUGGCUAUGUUGUUCGUGCAACUGUUCGAGAUCCCGAAAACAAGAGCAAAGUGAAACACUUGGUAGAAUUGCCAAAAGCAGACACAAAUCUGACACUGUGGAAGGCUGAUAUGAACAUAAAAGGAAGCUACGAUGAAGCAGUCCAAGGUUGUCAAUGUGUGUUUCACAUGGCCACCCCUAUGGAUUUCGAAUCCGAAGAUCCAGAGAAUGAAGUGAUAAAGCCAACAAUAGAGGGAAUGAUGAGCAUCAUAGAAUCAUGUGCCAGAGCAAAAACAGUGAAGAAAUUGAUAUUCACAAACUCAGCCGGAACUUUAAACGUCGAACCACACCAGAAACCUGUGUACGACGAGACCAAUUGGAGUGACCUGGAUUUCAUCCUCUCCACUAAAAUGACUGGAUGGAUGUACUUUGUGUCCAAGAUUCUGGCCGAGAAAGAAGCAAUGGAAGCAGCUAAAGAGAGUAACAUUAACUUCAUCAGCAUUAUACCACCCGUAGUUGUCGGUCCAUUCAUCAUGCCUACUAUGCCACCUAGCCUAAUCACUGCACUUUCCCCUAUUACCGGGAAUGAACCUCAUUACUCUAUUAUAAAGCAAGGGCAGUUUGUGCAUGUGGAUGACCUAUGCGAGGCUCAUAUAUUCUUGUUCGAGAAUCCCAAUGCACAUGGAAGAUACGUUUGCUCAUCUCAUGAUGCCACUAUUUACGAUAUAGCCAAUAUGAUCAGAGACAACUGGCCUGAAUAUCAUAUCCCAACUGAAUUCGAAGGGAUUGACAAGAACAUACCAGUGGUGCGUUUCUUGUCGAAGAAGUUGACAGGAAUGGGGUUUUCGUUCAAGUACACGUUGGAGGACAUGUUUAGAGAAGCCAUCGAGACUUGCAGAGAGAAGGGAUUGCUUCCGUAUUCAACUCAAGAAAAAGAGUUACUUCCAGCUUCAAUGGAAAAACAACAGACUGGCCUAAUUUCAGACACGCAUUCAUCUCAAAUCCAUACUAACGGAGAAGAGAAGGAAAUUAUUUUCCAGUCCCUGGAAAAACAUGCCAACGGACAAGAAACGGACAUAGUUCCAACUUCAAAGGACAAAAAUGCCUUGGGACAAAAGAAUGGUCUGCUUUCGGGCAUUGCAUAAGACCACAAUAAUGGCGGAAUCAAGAAGAUGGAGAAGAUUGUUAUGUUUUGAUUUGUUUUCAACUGUAUUGUUUUGUUUUCAACUGUAUUCUUCAGUAUUUCAAUCUCAUGGUGUGUUGGCGGAAUGUUUUAUUUUAUGCUCCACUGUAAUAUUACUUCCAUCAGUAUAAUAAAUAAUGGCAACUACUCAAUUUGGAAUCGCUUUA